GAAACCAGUAUCAGUACUUGGCAUUACCCAUCCAGUAAAGUACAUACUACUAAAACUCUCAGAAAUGGCUCGUUUCUUACAAAUCCUGCUCGUCGCCUCACUGGCUUUCGCACUCUGUGCCGCCGAAGCGCCACGUUUCCGUGGACGCAAUGGACGUCUACAACUCUCCAAGCAACGUAGCCGUUUCUUGGCACGUCAAGAAGCCGCUGAGGAAGCAGGUGUAACCCCAUACCCCUCCGCUAAGGAACUGAUUCCUGAGAUUCCAUUCGAUGAAGCCGCCGCCGCUGCUGCUCCUGAGGUCCCCGUUGAAGCACCAGCUGUACCAGAGGGUGACGUAAAUGUCUCCGUGAAUGUUGAUCUUCCAGCCGAGCAGCCACCAGCUGAGGAAGAAGCUGAUGAACCCGCACUAGCCGACGAUGCUGAAGGUGAACACGAACCAGACCUCAUCUAUGGCCCACCAGAAGCUGAGGAUGUGCCAGCUGUCAAUGAAAUUACUCCCGUUGAAGAAAUCGAAGCCACAAUCGCUGAGGAAGAAGAGGAACAGGCUGGUGAGGAAGAGGCUAUCGAAUCUGCACGUUUGACUUUCGGUCGUCGCAUUAACGCACGCAAAUCGGCACGUCCAGCUAAGUUGCGCGCUCCUGCUCGUGCUCGUGCCACCUCCGCUAAAUCAGCCAAAAUUGUUAAAGCCAAGGUUGUGACCAAAGCUCGCUCAGCUCGUCUGCAACAAUUGCCACAACAGCAGCAGUUCUUUAUUCCUCAACAAUUUGCUGCUCAACAACGCCAACAACCUGUCUUCUACUACACCGCUGGUCAAUUGCAGCAGUGGUAAAAAUUUGUGGAUCCAAGUGAAUUCCAAAGGCGGUUAUAUGUUAGGCACGAUAGUAUAGAAAAUUGUUAACAAUAAAAAUUAGGAUAUAAAAGUGUGUGUUGUUAAAGAAUUUUUUAGACUGAUAAUAAAGAGAAAUAUACAAAACGA